CAAGAGCGCCAUAGCCAGUGAGAUAUUAUAUACCUACACAACAAGAACGGCUCCAACUGGAUGAUUAAAGUAAUCACUCCACGCAAGCGGCAAAGCGAUCCAUUCAAUUUGGCUGUCAAUAUCUACAUCUCUAUUUUGCGAUGUCUGGCAUCUUCUGCAGCAUUUACUCUUCCUUUUUAGCUAGGAGAAGCUCCCUCUUUUAAACCUCACUCACUCGCGUUCUGUUUUUUUCCUUGGAGUUUUUUACUCGCAGGUUCGGAUAUGGAUCCGUGAUGCAGCAAGAUGCGUCGCUGCGUGCAAGAGCAUCGUCACGGUGGUACAAUCAACAAUGAAAAAAACACCAAGAAAAAGCGUGGCAGGAGAAAGAGGGUGCUAGUGGGUCCUUGGCUUUGUGCUACAGCAAGAAACAACAACACAGCUCCUUCGGUUUCCCAGUCGCUUCCGUAUGGCAAAGAAGCUCCUUUCCCUGCAUCACCGACUAGGUGGAGACGCGAAAGCACCAAUAAAUGGAUCCCUACUUGGAUUCAGCAGAUAAGUUAAACGGAGUAGUAGGGGAAGAUGAAUUUGGGAGACCCCAAGAGGCAAGGAAGGCUCAGGUACUAUAGAAGAUAGGAAUUUUGUGCGAGAAAACAGGAAGCUUUGUCGACCAUGGGGUGUGCUACAUCAAAGAUCGAGAAUGAAGAGGUCGUGGCACUUUGUAGCAGUCGUAAAAGGCACGUGAAAGAAGCUGUGAGCGCUCGUCACAAUUUUGCAGCGGCUUUUUCGAACUACGUAAUUGCUCUCAAGACAAUCGGCUCCGCCUUCAGCCAGUUCAAGGAGGCUGAGUUCCAGGACACGGCCUCGCCAACGUUUGCUUCGUCCACUCCUAUGACAACCGCAACGCCUAUGAAGCCUGCAAAACCUCCUCCACUUCCUCCGCUGUACGGGCCUUCGGCAACGUCUCAGCAGAAGAAUUCACCGUCACCCAUGGUGCUGAAUCCGAUGAAGAGAACUGUCAGCUUGCCACCGAUGAACUUCGAGAGGAAGAAAACCUCAGCAGCGGUGCCAAAGAACGCCGACAACUCGUCAACUCCACCGGUGAAGGCUGCUCGAAGCAGCAGCAGCAGCACGAUUAAGAAAAAGAAGGAAGUUUCUCCAUCUCCAUCACCAUCGCCUGAGCCGGAACUUCGUGAGCAACAAGCAAGUUCCGUGAUGGAAGAGGAGUUGACGGAGCCGCAGAAAGACGUGAAGGAGUCUUCAAGUGUGGAGAACAACGUUAAAGUGUCGAGUGAAGAUGAAGAUGACUGGGUUCCACCUCCGCCACCUCCUCCAGUUCCUUCCAGCAAGGCACCUCCGCCACCACCGCCACCUCCGAGCUCGUCCUGGAUGUCUGAUCUGUUUGAGUUUUCGCACUCAGCCGUGCCGUUGCCAAGAUCAGACGACAACGAAGAAGAAUUCGAUGGCGAAGAUCGACGUAAGCAACAGCAACUCGAAGAGGAGAAGCGUCGGAAGCUUCAAGAGGAGGAAGAAAAAGAAGCUCAGCGAAAGGAAGAAGAGGAAAGAAAAUUGAAGCUGCAACAGCAGCAGGAGAUGGAACUGAAGCAAAAGCAGCAAGAACAAAUGCACAGACUGCCCUCAACUGUGGAUGAAGGGGACGAGGAUGAAGACGAGGAGGAAGAAGAACAAGACGAGGACGAAUUGGAUGAAGAGGAGGAAGAAGAGGAAGAUGGUGAAGAGGAGGAGGAAACCGAGGAGGCUGAGCCUGAGGAAGAACCAGCGAAAAAAACUGUGAGCUAUGACCUGCCAAAGUCCGACUUGAGCAUUGUGACGUCUUCAAAACGAGGAGGCAACGGUGAGCUAGUUGCUGUGCUCAAGCGCAUUGUGGAACCUUUCGAGGUGGCUUAUGAAAGUGGAAGGCAUGUGGCUUCGAUGCUCGAGGCGCAGCGUGUUUCCUUCCAUCCAAAUUUCAUUGAUGGCAGAUCUGAUGAAACUCAUGCAAAGAAGGUUUUGAGAGCUAUUUCUUGGAGCAGCAGCAAUUCCUCUUUGGCCAGAGCGGCAGCAGAGCAGUCGGUAUUCGAUGAUGAAAGUGGUGACGCGACUGGAACCCACGCCUCCACUUUAGAUCGAUUGCUUGCAUGGGAGAAGAAGCUGUACGACGAAGUCAAGAGAGCUGAAGGCCUGCGCGUAGAGCUCGAGAAGAAGAACACUUGGAUACAAAAGGAGGAAUCUAGAGGAGGAAAUGCCGAAGCGAUCGAAAAGGCAAAAGCAGCGGAGAAAUUGCUGCACACCCGUCAUGUCGUUGCAAUGCAAGGCGUGGACACGGCUCGCAACGCCGUGCUCAGGCUCCGGGACUCGGAACUGUAUCCACAACUUCUGGAGCUCCUCAAAGGGCUGUACGAGAUGUGGAAGAAAACUCACGAAUGCCACGAAGAACAGUACAAGGCAGUGGCGGAGAUGAAGAAGCUCGACUGCUCGGACGUGGUGGAGUCGACCAACAGCCUCCACAAGGUGGCGACCGAGCAGCUCAAGGUGGCGCUCAGCCGCUGGCACCAGUACUUCGGCUCGGUGGUGAGCAGCCACAAAGUCUUCAUGCAACAGCUCAACGUGUACGUCAAGGUGAGCGUCAAGUCAGUGGAGCUGGACAAGGGGAUCUUCCACGCUGCGUCGCCCAAGCCCAUCUCCACCCUGUGCCACGAGUGGCAAAUGGCGCUGGACAGGCUCCCGGACAGGAGCGCGCUCGAGGCCAUCAACACGUUCGUGGCGGACCUCCAGCUGAUCGUGGACAUGCAAAAGGAGGAGUCGCGGCACAGGAAGAAGGUGGAGGCGCUGGAGAAGGAGGUGAAGGCGCGGGAGAUUUACGUGGAGAAGUACGAGAGGAAGCACGUCAGGAGCGCGGCGGUGAGCCGGACUGUGAGCACGGACGAGAACGGGGAGGUGCCGGUGGAGGUGGUCCGUGGGGGGAGCAACGCGCGGAGCGUCGCCAUGACGGAGAAGAGAGCGCAGCUGGAGGUGCUCAAGAGGAGGCGGGACGAGGAGAGGGAGAAGGCCGAGGAGCUCGGGGAGAGGUCCAAGGCCAAGACGAUUAGCAGCCUGGAGCUUGGGCUGCCGAGCAUCUUCUACGCCGCCAGGGCCUUCUCCAAGCAGUGCUUCGAGGCUCACGAGCGAUUGCAGGGGCUGGCAAACAGUAGCAUGAUCAUGGACAAGUGAGAGAGAGAGAGAGAGAGAGAGAGAGAGAGAGAUUGACAAACAAAGAGAUUGAUUCUUCUUUCUUCUUUUUAGUCGUUCUUCUUUUCAGCGAGGCCUAAUGCACGCCAGCAGAUGCCAAGUCGGGGAAAUUUUGAGAUCAUUGUAGUUCUAAACUUUCAUGUGUAGAAACUAAUGCACUGUAAUUUCUCGAGAA